AUGAAAAACUAAGUAACAAAGAGUGUCUCUCAUUCUGCCAUACCAAAACCAGAAAAAUCUCAAACUCAUAAAACUCCUGAAAAGCAUGGAAUUCCAAGAAACGUUAAUUAUUAUAGCCAUUUUUUAGCAGAACCAUACAUUACAGAAAAAGAUAUAGAGUUUGUGCUUCAGUUAAGAAACAUGGAUAAUGUAAAUUUCUUGUAUGACAAUAGGCAGAAAUGACAUCAAAGUUAGCUCGAAUACCUAAUCAAGUUUUUACAAGAGGAGAUCAAAAAAUUGAGUCUUAAAAAGUAAAACAUCUUUCUAGAGAUAUCAAUUACACUGAAAAUUCUUCAUAGAUUUUACAUUUAAUAAAAGGUAGAAUAGGCCCGACACCCCAUUUAAGUUAAGCAGAAUUUGAAACUGGUCUUCGAUCUUAUGCCAGAACUGAUAAAAGUCUUGUUGAGAAAGAACGCAAUUGGACUACUGUUCCAAAAACUAAAAGAAAAGAUAUUUUUCCUGAAUUUUUACCAAAUUAUAAGGAAGAGAUGUAAAAAAGAAAGUCUCUCAGCAUUACUGGAAAUAAAUUAGCAAAACUAACAUAUAGUGGUAAUUAUAAAUCAUAAAAAUAUAAAGCUUUUGAUCCGGAUACACACUAUCCUCCCUAUUCAAUCAAAUUUAAUGAGAAAAAUAUUUAGCAUGUCAGACAUAUGUUCGUGCCAGGGGUUAAAAUGUCAACUGUAUAAUGGCAAGAAGGUUUAAGACCUUUAGUAUAAAUAAAAAGAUAGAAAAAAGAAAAAGAAAAAAAAUGA